UCCUCCAGCUGCAGCUUUGCUCCACCCUCCCGGGGAAAUAUCCUCCUCCUCCACAUUCACCCGUCGACGGAGCUUCAAAGCGAGCUUCCUAGUUUACAAGCACUGGGAUUUCUUUUAUUAAACCGACAGAUGCUGUGAAGGAGGGCGGCAUGUGAAGGUUUCUGCGGGAGAAGCGCCCAGCCUUCAACAUGAGCACCAGCUCCUAGUCCACGAUCCAACAGACCUGCAGUUUUCUCCAACCAGUUGAAGUGUCCCUUUCUGUUCAAUCAUGGCUCGUGGCUGCAUCUGCUGCGUGAAAUACAUGCUGUUCCUCUUCAACCUGUUCUUCUGGCUGGGCGGCUGUGGGUUGCUGGGUGUUGGCGUGUGGCUCUCGGUUUCUCAGGGCAGCUUCGCCACCCUGUCCCCGUCUUUCCCGUCACUCUCCGCUGCCAAUCUGAUCAUCACUCUUGGCACGGUUGUCAUGGUGACUGGUUUCCUGGGUUGUCUGGGGGCAAUCAAGGAGAAUAAGUGCCUGCUGCUGAGUUUCUUCAUCGUUCUGUUGAUCAUCCUUUUGGCAGAACUCAUCCUCCUCAUCCUCUUCUUUGUCUACACUGACAAGGUGAGUGAAAAUGCCAGACGGGACCUGAAAGAAGGGCUGGUGUUGUACAGCACGGAUAACAAUGCUGGCCUGAGAGAAGCCUGGAACGCCAUACAGGGAGAGUGGAAGUGUUGUGGCGUGAUGAACCACAACGACUGGUAUGCUGCCAUGCAUGAGAACGUGGUUCCUGACAGCUGCUGCCAGCAGGUUUAUCAGGGCUGUGGACACAACUCCUCAAACAUCUUUUGGCCGCGGGGUUGCUAUAGCAAGGUGGAGGAGUGGCUGGAUGAAAACAAACACCUUCUGGGAACCAUUGCCAUGUGUGUGUUGGUCAUACAGCUCCUUGGUAUGGCGUUCUCCAUGACACUUUACCAACAGAUCCACCGAGCAGGAAAGAAGUAUGAAGCCUGAGGUCUGCAGCUGUUUCAGAUUAACUUGGUACAUAAGAUAUAGCCGCUGUUUUUUGUAGCAUAUACUGUAUAAACCAGUUAUGUCACUUUUUUUUCUCCACUAAUGCACUCUGUUAUUGUGGCUAGCUUUUCUUUUUUUAAAGUAGUUUUUUAUGAUUAGUGUUAUUUUAAGUCACCAUAUGCAGGGGUGAUAGCGCUCCGGCGUCACGCCGGAUUUCCGGCAUACCGAGAUGUUUGCGAGAAAAAAAAAAAAUCAGGUUUGCCGUUUAUUUUUCUUAUGAUAUGAAUUUUUCAUAUACCGUAAUACCGGUGAGUAGCGCACACAGCGUUGGGAACGCCGCGCGGCGCGGCGGAACGUAGCGCCGCUGGACAGUGUUUGUAUGGGGACUGUUUAGAGAGUGAGCAGAACCGGCAGGGAAAAGUCGACAGUGCCGCGUGUAACCUAAAUCUACCAUGGCCCCAGCGUUAGGGCUCGGCCAGGUGAGGCUUUAUAAAUAUAUGGGUUUUAUACAUUUAUUAAAUAUAUGAGCGCGGAGUCGGCGAGAGCUGCGCGCGGCGAGGAGUACGAGCCGGGCGCUGUGAAGCCUGAUUUAUGGUACCGCGUUAAAUCGACGCGGAGCUUUCGCCGUAGGGUACGCCGUAGUUCGCGUAACCCACGGCGUAUGGCCUGCGUUGGUGUAACGCAGAACCAUAAAUCAGCCUUAAACCACACCUGCAGAGGUUAAAACAGCGGGGCUACGAGUUGUUAAUUGCUGGUUCGUUUUGUUAACUCUGAGAGCUUUAUUGGUUUGUUUGUUAGUUUGCUGGUGUUUUUUUUCUCUCUGGGAUUUUUGAGUUAUUUAUGAAGAAGUUCUGAGUUCCGUGUGAGCAGUACUCGAGUUGAGGGGGGAUGAGGGGUGGUGUGAUGGAACCCCCUCCCCCUGAAAUUAAAACCGGUCCAAAUCAUCCCCCCCUGAAAUAAAAACGGUCCAAAUCAUCCCCCCUGUAAAACUGCCAUCCCUCCUUUCCAUCCCUUAUGUCAUUUCAUCAAUGAAUGUGGUUUUACUGCUAUUUCAACAUUUAGAGUCAUCACCAGAAAAAUAACACCAGAAAAAUAACUUAUUUGACCAUUUUCACCUGUUUCAAGUAAAUUUUCACUUGAAAUAAGAAGGAAAAUCUGCCAGUGGGACAAGAUUUAUCUUCUCAUUACAAGCAAAAAAAUCUUGUUCCACUGGCAGAUUUUUCUACUUAUUUCAAGUGAAAAUCUACUUGAAACAGACUGAUUUAUUGCUUGUGUAGUUGAAAAAUACAUGAGAACAGGACCUUGAAAAAAAAUAAUCACAUAUUAAAUCGCAAUCGUAAUAUUGAGGAAAAAAAUCGCAAUUAGAUUAUUUUCAAAAAUCGUUCAGCCCUACAUUAGAAUCAUAAGUGCUGCCACCUCAUUGUAAACGGCAUCAUUUUGUGAGGCCAUGCAAACCUUAAAUGAAAGAGUUUUACCGUAUUUUAUUAGGUUGGUGCUUUUAUUUCGACGGACUCUCUCUCGCCCUGGAUCUGUUUCCUACCAAAACAGCGAUUCAACGGCCUCAGACCAUUCAGCAGUCACUUCACAUGCGGUUGUGUUUGUGUGUGUUUGGCAGCGUGGAGGCAUAUCUACAAAAAUAUGGAAAAUCUACAAAAGUCAUCAGAAUAUUCAAUUUAAUGAACUAUUUAUCAAAAUGUUGUCCCAGGGAAUCACACCCCUGGCCUAUGUUGUUCAAUUUACUCAUUCUGUUUUCUAUGGGCUGCAUGUGGUGAGCUUGAACAGGACCAUGGGUCAAUUUACACCAGACACUUUAAGAGGACAAAAAAUGACAAUUGUGUUGAUCGGGGCAUAUAUCUUGGCUUAGGGGCUCGCUUACCUCCCAGGGAAAAAAAGUUCAGGCUCAGGAUUUUUUUUUACUAUCACCCCUGCAUAUGACUCUACAUAAUAUCUUUGAGGAUGGGUCAAGGAGAUAAGUUGAUCUGGUGGUUUAAAGCCACACCUGUGGAAAAUGGUCAGAUUCAGCAAGUCUUGUGUAUCAACAUGUUCAAUAAAGGCAGAUGGCACUUCUCCCUGAAGUGAAGUAUUUA